AUGGUAAGCACACCUGAAUUAAAGAAAUAUGUGAAUCGAAAGAUUCUUUUAAAAUUGAAUAAUAAUCGUACAGUUAUAGGAGAAUUACGAGGGUAUGAUAUUUUUUUAAAUGUUGUUAUUGAAAAUGGGAUAGAAGUGAGUAAAGACAAGAAUGAAAACGCGUUGGGAGCACAAAGUGUGAUUCGAGGGAAUUCUAUAGUAUCUAUUGAAGCACUUGAACCUAUUGUAUAA